UAGGAGGUGACGGCGGCGGCAGCAGCAGCAGCAAGAACGGCUGAGGCGCCGCGGGCGGGCCCCGAUGGAGCUGGAGAAUAUCGUGGCCAAUACGGUGCUGCUCAAGGCGCGAGAGGGUGGAGGAGGAAACCGAAAAGGCAAGAGUAAAAAAUGGCGCCAAAUGCUACAGUUCCCACAUAUCAGCCAAUGUGAAGAUCUUCGGCAUACUUUGGAGCGGGACUACCACAGUUUGUGUGAGAAGCAGCCCAUAGGCCGUUUGCUUUUCAGACUGUUUUGUGAAACACGGCUUGAGCUUAUGCGCUGUGUCAAGUUCCUGGAUGCUGUGGCAGAGUAUGAAGUAACCCCUGAUGAAAAACUAAAAGAGUGUGGGCAGCUCCUGAUUGAGACAUAUUUGACCCCUAAGGGUGUGGAUCAUGUGCCUGAAGUGCCCUUGGAACUAGUAAAUCUGUGUUCUAAGCGACUGGAGCAGGAACCGGGUAAAGAGCUCUUUAAGGAAUCUACCAAGCUCAUCCAUGACUACCUUAGUGUGGCGCCUUUUGCUGACUACCUUGACAGCAUCUACUUCAACCGUUUCCUGCAAUGGAAAUAUCUGGAAAGGCGGCAUGUGACCAAGAACACUUUCCGCCAGUAUCGCGUACUAGGAAAGGGAGGCUUUGGAGAGGUGUGUGCUUGCCAGGUGCGGGCCACCGGGAAGAUGUAUGCCUGCAAGAAGCUUGAGAAAAAGCGGAUUAAAAAGCGGAAGGGGGAAGCCAUGGCCUUGAAUGAGAAGCAAAUACUGGAGAAAGUGAACAGUAGGUUUGUAGUAAGUCUGGCCUAUGCAUAUGAAACAAAAGAUGCCUUGUGCUUGGUCUUGACUCUCAUGAACGGAGGGGACCUGAAAUUCCACAUUUACCACAUGGGAGAAGCCGGUUUUGAGGAGCCACGGGCUGUUUUCUAUGCUGCUGAAAUCUGCUGUGGCUUAGAAGACCUCCACCAUGAGAGGAUAGUGUACAGGGACCUGAAGCCAGAAAAUAUAUUGUUGGAUGACCAUGGUCACAUCCGCAUUUCUGACCUGGGCCUCGCAGUUUAUGUUCCGGAGGGACAGACGAUAAAAGGUCGGGUGGGAACAGUUGGCUACAUGGCUCCUGAAGUUGUGAAGAAUGAGCGGUACACAUUCAGCCCUGACUGGUGGGCCUUAGGAUGCUUGCUAUAUGAGAUGAUUGAGGGCCAGUCUCCAUUUCAGCAGCGCAGGAAGAAGAUUAAGCGCGAAGAAGUGGAACGCCUGGUGAAGGAUGUGCAGGAAGAGUACUCUGAGAAGUUCUCACCUGCUUCCCGUUCUCUCUGUUCCAUGCUCUUGUGUAAAGACCCACUGGAACGGCUGGGAUGUCGAGGUGCUGGUGCUCAGGAAGUGAAAGAGCACCCUCUCUUUAAACACUUGAAUUUCAAGCGGUUGGAAGCAGGGAUGCUCGACCCACCAUUCAAACCCGAUCCCCAGGCUAUUUAUUGCAAGGAUGUAUUGGACAUUGAACAGUUCUCUACAGUCAAGGGAGUAGAGCUGGAGCCCACCGACCAUGACUUCUACCAUAAGUUUGCAACAGGAAGCGUCCCUAUUCCCUGGCAGAAUGAGAUGAUAGACACAGAGUGUUUCAAAGAGCUGAAUGUUUUUGGUUCAGAUGGAGCCAUACCGCCUGAUCUGGACUGGAAGGGACAGCAACCCAUCCAGCCCAAAAAGGGUCUCCUCCAACGUCUCUUCAGCAGACAGGACUGUUGUGGGAACUGCAGUGAAAGUGAAGAGGAACCCACUCGUCUAUAGGUCCCGCCAGCCUAUUAUUUCUAUGAGCCUGGCCAAGCAGCGAGCUGACUCAACAAAAGAGAUGGUACUGGCCUAGCACUGGCUUGGCUUACAAUCUAGCGCACAUGCUAGCUGUAUGAGUGUGGGAUCAUCGUUUCAGGGUGGCAGCAGACUCCAUCCUACAGAGGAAAUGCUCCAGGACGGGGGGAAAUAGACACCUCUGCAAAGGUCUUCAGUGUACUGCCGAGGGAUCAUCCUGCCACACCUUUUCCAGAGCGGAGAGAUGAUGGCAGGAGCUAGUGAAACAUUCCAGGGCUGGCCCUGAUCCUGGCCUUUGGCCUCCCAUCUGCUCACCUGCUGGAGUUUGUUUUAUAUAUUUAUAUUGAUAUAUCUAUGAAUGUAUGUAUGUAUGUAUAUAUAUAGCAUAUGUAAAUUUUUAAUUGUUGGGGAUGGAGGUCCUUCUGCAUCUCUCUCUCUUUCUCCUUUACCCCAGCGUCCUUGCUUCACCCUAGUGAACACUGUGCACCAAUAACUUCUAAGAAACAAGUAAGCGGCUCUGUUCCCCAAGCAAUGGAUCCUCGCCCUUUUAAUGUUCCCUGUGGAAUAUCCACCAAUCUGUUCUGCUGGUGGAAAUGGGUAGUAGGAGAAGCUCAGGAAUGGCAGCUGCAAUACAAGAGCAGCCUCCACUGGCAUAUCUAGUCUGCAGGGACACAAUUGGGAUAACCCGUGUGUGUCCAAGACUUCCCCCAGAUGAUUUGCUUUGUUACCGUAAUGCACAAUGAGAGUGAUGGAGAGAUGCUAAGGCUUGUAGACAUGUCAAGAUAAUACCUGCAGGUUUUUCUGAGAUGACAGGCUAAGGGUUUUUGGUUUGUUUGAUUGAUUUUAACAUGGCUUAAUUGAAGUAAGGAAGUUUUCAAACACUAGAGUAGCAUUACAGUUGACUCUCAGCUUAAACAGGGGUUUCAUUCCGGGGAUAGUGCAUAAAGCCAAAAUAAUGUAUAAUCAAAACAACCCUUCAAAAACAGUAAAAGGCAUAUCCCAGCACUCUCCAACCACCUCUACAUUCUAUCUGAAGGCUGCACACUCUCUCCCAAGGUUGCUACAGACUCUCCCUCCACCUCCAAGUAAUAUCCCAGGAUGAGUGCAAUGGUUGGUGGGAUUGCCAAUGUUUCCUCUCCACCACCUUUCUGACAUUUAUCCCUGCUGCCCCCCUUUCUUUGGCCAAGCACAUAAAGCUGUGAUUACACAAGUUAAAUGGAAGCUGGUGGCAGCAUAUGGUUUCUAGCUUUUAAUUUCUUUCUUGAAACUUCAGUAAGGCCAGUAUGAGUUGACAAGGAAAUCUGGGGAGGGUUUGUCAUUUACCUUGGGAACCUUAUAAAAGUUGAGUCUGUAUUUUUAUUUAUUUUAUUUUCUUGACCACUGUGCCCUAUCCCCCCCCAAGAAAUGAUGUGAUUCUGUUAUUUGUCCUAGUAAUGUUUUCUAAAGAGUUCACCUGCCAACUGUGCCAAUGUGGGAGCAUGCAUGGAUUCUAGCCUAGAAUCUUGAGCCCUCUGCACUUUUUUCAAAGGGUUAAACUUCAUGAAAAGUGAGAGGUCUCUAAUAAAACCACCUGGUGUCUUCAUUUUUAAUGUAAAGCCAGGAGCUAGUUCUCUGAAUUUGGAACAGCAGCAUUGAAAGUGUAGGGUUCACCCUUUUCCCUGGCACAAUUUUCCUAAUCACAUCGCACCUCAAAGCUGCUUGUUUGCCUUAGAGUAGAAAAAUAGCAGUUCUGUCCAGGUAAAGCUUGGCUCUUUUGGUGAAGAGCUCAGAAAACAUUAGGAGAUUCAAGUGUAGAUGUUCUCUGUCCGGUGUAGCUAGGCUGAAAGUCCUGGUCAUCUUUCUCCAUAGGAAUCUCUUCUACAGUCUUCCAUGGCUGGCAGCCCAAGGCACUCACAGAGCUGCAUUUGUGCCUUCAUGAAGCUCUGAUGAGUAGACCUAUUUACUGCCUGGACUAAAGAUUUCCAAUCUCAAAUAAUUCCCCUUAUUCUAUAUCUAGCGUGCACUUCUUCAGUCUCCCAGCAGUUAUUUCUAACCUGGAGUUAUUGUGUGUGUGUGUGUGUGUGUGUG